AUGGUUAAUAUUGAAUCAACAUCCAAUGCCAUCUGGUGGAUUAAAAAUCCGAGUGCAGCGAAAGCGGUUGGCGGCGCUGGGCGUAAGGCGUCGCUAGGGUCGCGCUUUUGUCUGGAUAUGGCUGAAUUACUGCGCAAUAUAUCCUUGCAGGGCUAUAACAAACUAUUGGCAUCGGAAUUAACGUUGGCGGAGAGAUUAAUUUGGCUGCUGGUGCACACGACCACGUUCAUUUCAAUGGUGGCUGUGCUCUUGCUCACCUGGGAGCAAUUUAUUGCACAAUACUUUGUCAUCAAUCUGAAGGAUCCACUUUAUCCUGUUGAAAAUGUGCCAUUUCCGGCUGUGUCAAUAUGCUCCAACAAUCGCAUUUCCAUGCGGGCCGCUACCCGAUACGCUCUUGAGCUGCAAAGAAAUGAUCCAUCUCCACGUGAAUUGAAGUACUACUUGGACAUGCUGACGUAUCUACGCAAAUUAUAUAUACCCGGCGAGCGGGACUCAGACGUCGAUGAUUAUGUUAAUUUUCAAGCGUUUUUGGACAUAUUCGGCACCUGGAACAACGAAACCUUCUUCGAUACGCGGCGUAUUAUGAGAAUGGUGACGCCCAAUUGCAGGGAUUAUAUAAUGAAAUGCAGUCUGCGCAAUGUGGACAUACCUUGCUUUAGCGAGGCCGCUUUUCAGACCAGUCUGACCAGGUAUGGACCCUGCUGCACUUUUAAUGGCAAGAACGUACUUAAGAGACGCGAUUUUAAGAAUCGCUAUGCUGAUUCAGCUUUGGGCCUCACCGUCGUGCUCAAUUCGAGUCAUGCGGAUUAUAUGGCGCCCAUUUUAAAUACAAAUGGUUACGUGGUCAUUAUCCAUGACGCUGACAAUUAUCCAUCGAUAUCAUCGUCAAAUGCAUUGGAAAUGUUUCCAGGACAAAGGCAGGAAAGUUUUCUAAAGAUUUUUGCACGUGUUAUAGAUACCGAUAAAAAUUUACACUCCUUUUCCCCAUUUAAUCGACGCUGUUAUUUCCAUAGCGAGUCGAAUAUGCGAAUGAAGAACUCCGUCUACACGUUCCCCAACUGCAUUACAAGAUGUCGCAUUAGCAGCAUCAUAGCGUUGUGCAACUGCCUGCCCUUCCAGUUGCCACUCGAUCUAGUCGAGAACUUGGAAGGCGUCGUCUAUUGUACGCUUAGUCAUGUCACGUGCCUCGGCCAGUAUCAAUUUAAAUGGAAUAAUGUGCUUACUGAGAGACUUAGAAUUCCGGGUCUGGAGCGUGAAACCGAAGAAGCACUGUACUGUCCACAGUGUCUGCCUUCAUGCAAUGAUGUUCAGUACAGGGUAUCUAUGAGUGAGCUACCCAUUGAUACCUAUCUGGCCAACCUAAAACCUGAUGAAUACAAUGACACACUGCUGGGCUCCGAUUUAUCCGUACUGCGAGUCUUUUUUGGGCAGCCGCAUGCUCAGCUCUACAUGAGAUUAUUGAACAACGAAUGGUUCGAGAUAUUCAGCACCAUUGGAAAUAUUUUGUCAAUAUUUAUGGGAUUUUCAUUGGUGGCCAUUUUUGAGGCUCUGUUCUUUUUCUGCAAGUACAUUUAUAUGGGCUGCUGUCGAAUAAUAGAUCAUAGCAGAGCUAACAGUAAGGCAAAGAUGUUGAAUGCACGCCAGUUACAUAUAUGCCCAUAG